CCUCACUUGUCAUCGAACUCUGCGUGAGGAUUAAUAUUCUAAUUCGACUAAGAACGCGUCGAAGCCCUGAACGCGUUCGUCCCGUAAUCAACAUUCAAAAUCUUAGUCCUUCUUUUUCAACAGGACUCCUUAUCCUACAUUUUUACUAUGGCUCGAGCAACUCGUUCUGCUACACAGCAGCACGAAAAAGAUAAACAACCAGAUCCAGGUCUGGCUCAACGCGGAAAGCAAUCUACAAAGAAACGCAAGCGCGUUUCACUUGCAGACGAUGACCAGCCUGCAGCAAAGCAGCAUCGUGGCGAGAAUGGUAUAAAGGAAGAGUCCACGGACGACAAGUUGUCCAAGGGAAAGUUGCCCGAGCUUGACCAUGCAGCCGAUGUCCCUCUAGACCCUCUCAUCGCGCAUAAGGUCCUUGAAAUACUUGAAAUGGUUGACUCCCAAGGUCUUCUUGACCGUGUCUUUCCCCUUCCCGCCACAAAUCCAUCAGAACCCUCCACUUCAAAAUCGCAAACGGGAUCAUAUUCUCUUCGUACGCUCCUCACCGAGUCAUCUCAGCACCCCCUCAGAGUGCUGCGUUCCGCAGUUCAGAAUCUAUUUCCAGUAGCUUAUCACGCCAGGUCUCGUACGUCCUCCCCUGCUGCACUACAACUACGCUUUUGCAAUCUUGCGCUCUCUGUCCUCGACCAGGCAUCUUUCCACUCCGUCCCGCUGCCUCUUGAUAUCGAUUCCAUAAUUCCAGUGGUUUCAGAACCAUGUGCUGCAGAUGGAGACUCCAAGCCCCCUCUCAGCCCGAGCCUCCCCGAUAAACUAUCUCACACUGGCCAGGGUAAGAGAUAUGCUCUCAUGCAGCGCCUCCCGUCCGGCACUUGGUGGUCAUCCCUCGGCUCAGACCUCUUGACCGACUCAAAAGAGUUCAAAGACCUCCAAACUGCCAACGCAGAACUCGUUGCAAUCCUCCCGUCACCUUCGUCUCUUGCGUACUCCGACGGCGACUCCAAGUCGACCAUUACCCUCACAGACACGCAAGCUCCGAUGAAACUGGGUGCAUACGUACAGAAGAAGCCCCCAGGACAUCGGUUGAAGCUUCCCGGCCCCCGGCACGUGAGCUGUGGGUCAUUUUUGGACUAUGGUCCAUAUGCAAGCUUCGCUCCAACUUUCGAUCAGGAAGGAGUGGAGAUUGGACGAGAGGCGCUUGGGGAGGUCUUGUGGGGAUGGGAGCAUAGGAAGAAGGCUUGGGCUGCUGAGGAGGCCGCACAAUGGUUGCCUAUGCCGGGGUUGAGUUCAACGGAGGGAGACAAGGGGCAGGAAGAGUUGAGUAACGUCAUUGAACCGUUACGUGAUGAGAGUUGGAAUGACGACGAAGAGGUUUUGGAAGGUCUGCUAUCGAAAGAACAGGUUUCCUCCUUAAAGUCUGUCCUCAAGAGCUUAGAGUUGGAGAGUGCCGUUCAGGAGCUACUGGAUCGGAACACAAAGGCUCUAAGGCGAUUAGAAGAGCUUCAGAAACAACGUCUGAUGAAAGAAGGGGGUUUCCAUCCAGUGGAAGAAGGUUCAGAGGAAUGGGAUACUGCUCAAGGCAUUCUCGAGUCACUCACCUUACUGGCAUCCCUACGACCCCGACAGUCAGGGAGCGAUGACGUACCACUCAUUCCCUCCCCCGCCACACUCCACAAACUACAUCGCACGCUUCCGGUUGCGCCCUCACAAGGCUGGUACGGUACCCUGCCUACAGGUCGUGCAACAGCUCUCCGCGACAAUUCAACACUCUACAUCAAGUCCACCGCCACUGCGGUACCUUCUCAGACACCAAACUACCAAUACUCGUAUAACUAUGCGGCUGCAGGCUACCGUGGCGGUUAUCAGUACAAGCCAGGACAGACACCCUCGUACUAUCCAGCUUCAUAUGGUACACAAGGGCAGACCCAGGCUGCCACACAAUAUUAUGCUAACCAGCAAUACGCAGCAUCAGGGCAACAGCAAUACGCUUACUCUUCCUGGUAUCAGUACCAGCCUCCAACGCAGACAGCUGCCACGGGUACGACCUCUGGGCAGGUGACACCCCAGACAGGCGCAGCUGCAGCUGCGACACCCGCAACGAUCCCGACGAGUUAUGCAGGGUUCUUCAGUAACACUGCACAGGCCGGGCAGCGCGCAGUGGCGAACACCGUCACUGCAAAACCACCGCAGGCUGCUGCAGGAACGAUAUGGGGCGCGGGAACAGCUGGCACGAGCAGGCUACGUGGUACCGCACAGCAAGGGGGGUAUGCUUAUCAGCCCAAUUAUUAUGGGGCAUAUCAGCCUCAGGCUGCAGCUGCGUCUCCUGCGCAGUGAUAUUGGUUCUGUGGCUGUUUGGAUUUUGUUUAUGACUUUAGCUUCAAAAUUACAUUCUUUGCGUUCACUGGCUGCUGCCUGUGUUUUUGUUGAGGCAUAUAGUAUGCGCUAUGUAGUAGAUUCGAGGUGUCAUGAAUAUCAAUUAAUUGAUUAAUUGAAGUUUGAUAGUCUGCACCACCGAGAAGUCGG